AAAUUGCGUAAGGCGCAUGAUGAAAUAUGCACGAAAGUGAUCGAUUUAAUGAACUUGGAUUUGCUGAAGGAAGUGAAUAAAUGGAAAGAUUUGAUGUUGACGAUUCGCUCGAAAUUCACAGAACAAGAACGUUAUGCAGGUAGUAAAGGCAAUAUGCGACCGUGGCUUGUGCACUGGGAUCGUCAGCUUUACAAAGCACUAAACUUGCAGUAUCGUUGGGGCAUUGAGAGUCUUCAUGUUCAAAUACCACAAAUUCAAGCUCAACUCGUUUUUAAAGAACAACGACUACAACUGCGGCCACCCGUUGAAGAAAUUCGUGCAAAAUACUACCGUGAAAUGAAAAAAUUUCUGAGCAUCCCACACAAAUUUCGUGGAAUUGAAGAUACGGAACAUUCCAAUAAAGUAUUCGCCAUCAUGAUCGAACGUAAUGCAACUCGUUUUCGUAGUGUUUACGAAAAGGCUGAACAACUUUUCGAUAAGUUGUCAUCGGUUGACUCAUAUUUCGAAGAUUGGAUUGUGCUCGGACAAGUUGACCUCGAGCAGCUAAUCGACGAAAAGUUUGUUCAUGCUGCAGAUUGGGAGGCACAGAUAAAGAUGCUCAAAGGGAAGGGUCGUGAGGCUGACAAAUUACCGAGGUUAUUUAAUAUCUUGAGAUUCGUUCAUUUUUGCUGGGUGAUUGCUCAGUUCUUAUCACAAGCAAUAUCAGUGCUCAGUUCGAGACCGGAGUCAGUCGACGCGAUCGCGGAAGCCAAUCACAAACACACUGAAUUCGCAAGAGAGAACAAAGCGAUAGGUUACACUGCUGAAUACAAGAUGAAGGAGACGCUGAGUGUGAUUGAAGAGAAGAACACGUUGUUGCGAGCAGUGGGUGGAAGCGGUGCUGAUCAGUUAGUAUCUGUGAUGCAGCAGUGGGAGAAGUUCGAGUUAAUGCUCGACAGUCAUCAAGUGAUGAUCAAAGAACAGGUGAAUGUACUCAAGCUGAAUGUUACCAAGAAUAUCCAAGUACUCAAUGAAGAAGCUGAAAAGCUGUUAGCUCGUUGGAAUCAGUUCAAACCAAGCAACGAAACAUUGGCUGCUGAUCGAAGUGCGCUACUGAACGCAAUCGAGUUCAUCAAAGAGAAACGUGUUCAAUUCGAUGAAAUUGAUGCGUCUCGGCGCAAAAUUUUAUUGGAAUGCGAUCAAUUUGAUGUUGAAAAGCCGGGAUUCGAAAUGAUCGAAGAGAUGAGAAUUGAUUUGGAAGAAUUUGAAAGCAACUGGAUUCUCUACGAGCAAUUUAAUGGAGAACUUGAGAAGUUGGCUGAUGAAGAAUGGAUAAUAUUCAGAUCGAAAACUUAUUUAUUCGAUGAGUUCUUAAAUGAAUGGACAGAGAAAGUGAGAUCGUUGCCGGUAACGCAUAUGACCGUUCGAAUUGGCAAAGACCUGGAUAAUUUCAAGGAGAUGAGUGCAGGCCUGAAGUAUUGUCGUGGAGAGGUUCUUAGCAGUGACCAUUGGCUGGAGCUGUUCCGAUUGCUGGGCAUGCCGAAAGGGAGUACACCUGAACGACUUCGGUUCCGUGACCUCUUGAAUGUUCACGACCAAAUAGUCACCAAUAUCGAAGCACUUAAGAGUCUGAACGCUCGAGCGCAAGGUGAAGUCACCAUUCGAGAGGCUAUCCAAGAACUGGAGUUAUGGGCUGCACAGACUGAAUUCUCUCUGAGCGAGUAUAAGCAUUCGAAUGGAUCAACGAUAAAAGUGGUAAAAGAUUGGAAGGAGUCAAUCAAUGCGGUGAAGGAUAGUGAAGCUCUCUUGCAAUCACUCAAAAACUCACCAUUCUAUGCACAGUUCACCGACAAAACGUCAGUAUGGGAAACGAAGCUGACAGAGCUGAGUCAAUAUCUGCAGUGGAUGAAUGAAAUUCAAAGGAAAUGGAUUUAUUUGGAGCCGAUAUUUGGGCGUGGCUCGCUGCCCUCUGAAGCGUCACGAUUCAAUCGUGUUGAUGUCGAAUUCAGAGCAAUUUUGAACGUAACGACAGAUGUGGCACGUGACAGUCGGCUCGCAAGCUUGUGCUCGAGACAGUCGUUGAGACGAACCUUGGAACAAAUUCUCGAUCAGCUGAACCGUUGUCAAAGAGCACUCAAUCAGUUUCUUGAGGAAAAGAGAAAUGCCUUCCCGCGAUUCUACUUCCUUGGUGAUGAUGACCUUUUGGAAAUUCUCGGACAAUCAAUGAAUCCAGUCAUUAUACAAACUCACCUAAAAAAAUUAUUUCAGGGCAUCAACAGAGUGGUUUUCGGAGAAGCGAAUUCGACGCUGAUUGCAAUCGUUUCAGCGGAGGGUGAACGAGUUCAACUGUCGAAACAUGUUCGGAUAGUUGCACAAGUUGAGUUCCCAAUAACUUUAAACGCGUUCCAACAAGAAUCUUUGCAGGUGUGGCUUCAGGAUUUAUCAGAUGAGAUGAGGCGCACAAUACGACUGCUAACAAUGAAUUGUUUGCGUGAGGCGAAUCUCGAUGCAGGCAAAUACCCGUCUCAGGUGCUUUGUUUAGCUGAGCAAAUUCGUUUCUGCACAGAUUGUGAGAAGACACUCGACAAAACGCAAGAUUUGCACGCAUUUCGUCAGCAACUAUCGGAUCAGUUGGUCAAUUACACAAACUCUCGAGUUGAUGACGUUGUGCUUGAAUUGAAGCUGAAAUCACUUAUUCUUGAUCUCAUUCAUCAUAUCCAAAUUGUUGAUGAGUUGAUACAACAAAAAGCAAGUAGUUCGUCGUGUUGGUGCUGGCAGAAGCAAUUGCGUUUCUAUGUGGACUCGAGUGCACAACACGUUUUCAUACGUCAAGUGAACACGCAGUUCGAUUAUACCUACGAAUAUCAAGGUAAUGCUGCAAAACUGGUACAUACACCACUCACUGACAAAUGCUAUUUAACAUUAACACAGGCCAUGUCAAUGGGACUUGGUGGGAACCCAUAUGGUCCAGCUGGCACUGGUAAAACUGAAUCUGUGAAGGCUCUUGCCAAUUUAUUUGGACGUCAAGUGUUGGUGUUCAACUGUGAUGAGGGUAUCGAUGUGCAUUCGAUGAGUCGUAUUUUUAUUGGAUUAAUACAGUGUGGUGCAUGGGGUUGCUUCGAUGAAUUCAAUCGAUUAGAUCAGCAAAGGAAAUUGAUAUUGUAUAAUAUGCGAAAGAAUUCAGACAGUUCUCUCGGCAGUUUCGAUGCAAGUACAGACGAUACAGAAUGCGAUCAAGCAGCGCUCAGGCACGUGCACACUUGGCAACAACAAGCAAUCGUUCAUUUAUAUAUUCGUAACAACGCAAACUUUUCAUAUCUUCAGGUGUCAGUUGAUCCCAAUUCAGCCAUAUUCAUCACACUCAAUCCGGCUGGUAAAGGCUAUGGUGGACGGCAGAAGCUACCGGAUAAUCUUAAACAAUUGUUUAGACCGGUAGCGAUGUCAAUUCCUGAUAACGAACUAAUUGCCGAAACAAUCCUCUAUUCUGAUGGAUUCAAGGAUGCAAAACUUCUGGCACGAAAACUUGUCACAAUGUUCACUCUCAGCAGGGAAAUGCUCAGUCAACAGCAACAUUAUGACUGGGGCUUACGCGCUCUUAAAAGUGUCUUACGAGGAUGUGGUGAUAUGCUGCGGGUUAAUUCGAAUAAAGAUGAGAGACAAGUUGUUGUUGAAGCUUUACUGCUGAACACACUCUCAAAAUUGACAUUCGCCGAUUCGAGAAGAUUCAGAAUUCUUAUUGAUGACGUUUUCUCGGAUGUCAAUCAAACGUCAACACAGUUCGAUGAUCUCAUCGGACCAUUGAAAAAAGCUUCUGAUGAGAUGAAAAUGACAAUCACAGCUGUUCAGGUCCGAAAACUAUUCGAAUUAUAUGAGCAAUUGCGACAGCGUAUGGGUGUUGUACUGGUUGGGCCAAGUGGAUGUGGUAAAUCGACACUAUGGAAAUUGUUGAGAAGAACGUUGAUUAUCGCCGGAAAAUCACUCAAAACGUAUAUGGUCAAUCCAAAGUCGAUGUCUAAAACGAAGUUACUUGGCUACAUGGACUUGGAUACACGGGAGUGGUUUGAUGGAGUUUUGACAUCCGCAGCUCGCGAAGUGGUGAAAGACAGCAACGUAUAUUCGUGGAUUAUAUGCGACGGUGAUAUUGAUCCUGAAUGGAUCGAAGCGCUUAAUUCGGUUCUGGAUGAUAAUCGUUUGUUAACAAUGCCAUCGGGCGAGAGAAUUCAGUUCGCUGCAAACGUAAAUUUCAUCUUUGAAACAGACGAUCUCAGUUCUGCAUCUCCGGCUACAAUCUCUCGGAUGGGCAUGAUCUUUAUCAGUGAUGAAGAUAUGGACGAGAAGGAGAUUGUGAGAAAGUGGUUGAAGGAUGACGACGAUUUGCAUCCGGAUAUGCAGCAGUGGCUGGAUGAUCACUUAUACAGAUGUGUGAAAUGGAUUCGCGACAAAAGCGAGUACGAAAUCGAUGUGAGUCGUACGGCGAUUCUGCAUAACGCACUAUCACAACUACGAUAUUGCAAAUGCGUUGAAGAGUUUCUGGUUGGCUUGUACCGUGGUCUCGCAUCGAAUCUCAGCGAAGAGACACGAAACAUAUUCGCUCGAGAUGUUCGUCGAAAAUACUUCACAUAUAUGUGUAUCAAAUUGAACAAUCGAUUCGAAGUGACUUGCAUAUGCUGGCACAAUGUAGAACGUUUUCGAGUUCAGGUUCUCUUCAACGGAAUAGCAUUACCCGAUCCACAUUCACCAUCAAAUGUCUAUUACGACUCGCGACUCCAUUCAUUCGCCUCAUACACCGACGAUACUGUUGCUAAUAUCACCAAAGAACAACUACUGCAUAAACGGCAACGACCUCUCAUUCUUACUGCAGCUGCGCAAGCGAAUUGUGAUACGAUCAACUGUUGGUUGCAAGAGGGCAAUCGUCAUCCGUUCAUUGUGUUCGGACCUGAUGGUUGCGGUAAAGAAACUCUUUUGAGACAUUGCUUCGAAACAGAUACAAACAGUCAAUUGGCUGUGCUACACUGCAAUGCACAGACAAGUGCCGAGCAGUUGAUACAAGUGCUCACGCAACAUUGCGUUCAUGCGAGUAGCACGAGCGGUAGAGUGCUUAAACCAAAGGAUAAACCCAAUCUGAUCGUGUAUUUGAAAUCAAUUAACUUGGUCAAACCCGACAAAUGGGGCUGCUGUGAGCUGAUCGCUUUCGUUCAGCAGCUGCUGACAUAUCAAGGUUUUUACGAUGAGAAGCUCGAAUGGAUCGGUCUGCAGAAUGUUCAGUUGGUGGCUUCGAUAAUUGUGGAUGAUGUGGUUGCGCGACAGCCUCUCGCGAGCCGUUUCACGUCCUUGAUGCGCAUCUGCAGUGUUCGUUACCCGUGCAAAACAAGUCUUAUCUCUAUUUAUUCGGCCUAUCUCACGCCAAUAUUACAGGAAUCGUCUCAAUCGAUGGCUCAUGUAGAGCAUAUAGCAAGCAUGAUUGUUCAAAUUUUUGAACAGAUUCGCUCAGCAUUCAAGCGAACCGAUACAGCGCAUUAUAUUUUCACACCGAGAGAUGUGACUGAUUGGUGUUUGGCACUGAUGCGAUAUGAUAUUAAAGGUUCUUUCUUAAAACUCCUCUCCGUUGAGAUUUCAGGUGAAAAUAUCCUCAAAUGCUUAUUGUACGAAGGUGAACGAAUUUUUCGAGACAGACUCGUGAACAGCAAUCACACUCAAAGAUUUGAUGAAAUUGUUAUUGAUGUCACUUCAACUUCGAUCUCAUGCAAUGACGGCUCGGUUUAUAUCACCUCAUCAGGAGCAUUUAACCCGCACACUUCGAUGACUGGGAAACGUUUGUCGAUGGUGCCUCGUAAAGAAUACACAAAACAGCUGCAAACUGCCAUCAAUAGAUACCAGUCUGAAGUGUCCAUAUUCAACUUACCAUUGUUCGACGAGCUCGUGACGUUAUGUGCUCAGGUGGAUCGUGUUAUCACAUGUGCCGGUGGAUGUGCUCUGUUAGCUGGUAGAGCUGGUAUGGGUCGAAGAGCAGUCACUUCGUUGUGUGCUUAUAUUCAUGACAUGAAAAUAUUCUCUCCGAAUAUGAGACCCUCUUAUUCAUUGAAUCACUUCAAAGAUGAACUAAAGACUGCAAUGCAAAGUGCUGCAGUAGACGAUGAGCAAGUUGUAUUCAUUUUGGAAGAUUAUCAGAUGCUUGAAGCAACAUUUCUUCAAUAUACCGACUCCAUACUUGCAUCUGGCGAUUUACCGGGCCUAUUCACUGCUCAAGAGUUUGAUGCUUUCUCGGCAUCAUUGCGUGAUCAGGCUUCGCAAGAUGCAUAUCAAGGCGAUCUGCACACUUACUUCGCAUUCAAAGUUAGAAUGAACAUGCAUAUUGUGCUGAUAAUGGACAUCGAUGGGUCAGAGUUCAGUUCGAUGUGCAGUGCGAAUCGAUCAGUUUACAAGGAGUGUACAGUGAUAUGGAAGGAGCGUUGGAGUAAGGACACGUUUCUACAGAUCCCCCGCUUGAUUCUCGGAAGUCACAACCUCAAACCAUCUGACGAUCUCGUCGCGUGUUUUGCACAAAUGUUUGAUGCUUGUCCAACGUGCGUCUCGUCACCAGCUAAAUUUUGUGCAUUCAUCAAUAAUUACAUCAACAUCUUUAACAAAAAACAGCACGCUAUCGAGGGUCGAUUGAAUAGACUGAACGCUGGUGUUGGAAAGUUGACCGAAGCGCGUGCAGCAGUUGAGGUAAUGCAAAAGGAGGCCGCAAAGAAGACGAAAUUACUGGCUGCGAAACAGAACGAAGCCGAUAUGGCACUGAAAACAAUUUCCCAAAGUAUGACGGGUGCCAAUGAGCAAAAAGCAGAUAUGGAACAGCUGAAGACAGCCACUGAAAAAGAGAAUAAACGAAUUGAAGGACAAAAGAAAGUUAUUGAGGAACAACUGCGUGAGAAAUAUUUGCUCGAGCAGGUUGAGCCGAUAUUGAGUGAAGCACGCGAGGCAGUUGGUUCAAUCAAAUCCGAGAGUUUGUCUGAAAUUCGAAGUCUUCGUGCUCCGCCCGAGGCAAUUCGUGACAUUUUACAAGCCGUUCUUCUGUUUAUGGGUAUCUUAGACACAUCCUGGGAAGCAAUGCGCAAAUUCUUGGCGAAGAGUGGCGUGAAAGAGGAAAUAAUCAAUUUCGAUGCUAGACGAAUCACACCCGAAGUUAGUCGGAAAGUGACGACAUUGAUGACAACUAAACAGUCAUCCUUUGACCCGAAGAACGCAAAACGUGCCUCGGCUGCUGCUGCUCCAUUGGCUGCGUGGGUGCGAGCAAAUGUGCAGUAUUCAUCUAUACUUGAGAAAAUUGCACCCCUCGAACAAGAGAAAGAUGAACUUGUUAGAAAUUUGGGAAAAGCUGAAAAACAAAUGGCAAAACUGUCAAAAGGUUUGCGAACAGUCGAAGAAAGAGUUGCUGACCUGAAGAGUAAUUUCGAAGUUCUUAUGAAGGAAGCGACUCAAAUCAAGAUUGAGUUAGAUAAGGAAAAGGCAACGAUAGAAGUGGCUGCAACUUUGAUUGAGAGGCUCGGAGGGGAAUUCGAACGUUGGCAAGAGCAAAGAAACACCUUGCAAGCGGAACUUGAUCAGUUGGAGAGACGUUCCGUGCUCAGCGCGGCAUUCAUAACGUUCUUGGGUUGUGCAUCAGACCAACAACGCAAGUCAGUAAUGAAUGAAUGGAUCAAAUUAACGAAUAUCAAAGAUUUUGAUCCGCUACGGUUUGCUUCAAUGGAAACUGAACAGGUGGAAUUUACUGGUAUUUACAAACUCAUUGAAGUGGAAUUAGGCGUUCGUUUCGGUAAAUGUUUGGUUGUGAAGGACGUCGUUGAAAUCGAUCCAGCUCUGAUGAGACUGCUGAGAAUGGAAUUAUCUAAUCAAGGUCCUCGUCAAGUUGCACAAAUCGGUGACAAAACAAUCGACUACAAUGCUGAAUUUCGCAUUUAUUUCUGCACAAAGAACACUCAAAUGGCUCUUUCACGCAGUAUGAAAGCAGCAUUUGCUGAAAUCAAUUUCUCAAUAACACGAUCUGGCCUUUCCUCUCAGAUGUUGGGAAUUGCGAUAGAAAUCGAGAAGCCUGAAUUGGAAAGUCGUUCAAGUGAACUGACGAGAAAUGCUGAAAAAUUAAAGCUGGAACUGGAUCAACUGGAACAAGUUCUGCUGCAGGCAUUGGCAUCCUCCGAAGGAAGUUUAUUGCAAAAUAAUCAGCUCUUAGAUUCACUGAACAAAAGCAAGGAGAAUGCAGACAACGUUUUCGCAUCAUUACAGGAAGCAGACAAAUUGCGCAAUGAGUUGAAUCAGCAGCGUGACGCCUACCUGCCAAUAGCAGAGUUCGCGAGUGCAUUGUACUUUGCCAUUUGCGAUUUACAUGCACACAAUCACAUGUAUGACUUCAGCGUGAAUGCGAUCAUCAAUCUGUUCACUAAAACAAUAGUCAAGCAUGGUCAAGUAAAAACGAAUACAAACUGGUUUGGUUUAUUGCAGAAUUCGUCGAACAGCUCUUCACGAUUUGAGAAGCUGAAGAGAGCCCUGCAGAAUACCGUUUUUGAAUAUAUUUCGAGAUCGCUGUUCAAAAAAGACCGUUUGAUGUUCUCACUUAACUUCAUCCACUCAACACAACCGAACCUUUUCCAAAAGAAUGAAUGGGAAAUUUUCACUGGUUCAAUUGUUAGCGAGUCUCGAGACGAACCUUCACUCAAACAGAUCACAUGGAUUGAAAACGACCGGAAAGGUGCUGUGGCUAAAAUCCAGAGCCAUUUACCAACUCUCUACAAUAAUUUGCGAUUGAGCGAUCAAGGAACAUGGAGUGAAUUUGCACGAUCGCCAAACUGUGAAACUGUUUUUCCUUCCACGAUUGAUUCACUCAUAACACCCUUCCAGAAAGUGAUCCUGAUCCAGGCGAUUCGGCCCGACAGACUUUACACGGCCAUGACUCUUUUCGCCACGAAGGCCCUAGGUAUCAAUUCGAUAAGCGCAUCACUACUCAAUUUGAAGGCAUUAGUGCAGAAUGAGAGUAAUGAAAGGGAACCUAUCCUCAUUAUGACAACGGCCGGCGCUGAUCCCUCGCAACGCCUAUUAAUAACUGUUGAGGAUUUGGAAGACUUGGCGAAGAAUGAAGUCGGUUUGAGUCGUUUCCACCAAGUUCCAAUGGGACAAGGUCAGCUGCAGAACGCAAUCGAGGCACUGCGAAGUGCAGCUGAGAAUGGCGAUUGGGUUUGUCUGAAGAACGUACACCUUGUGAUUGCAUCUUUGCCUGCUAUUCAGAAGGAGUUAUCGAUGUUGCAACGACAUCCCUCUUUCCGCAUAUGGUUGACCAGCGAGCCGGAUGACAAGUUCCCUUCGAUGCUACUGCAAGAAUCAUUGAAGCUUUCAUUUGAAGCACCGCCAGGUGUGAGGAACAACAUGAAUCGAACGUAUGCACAGUGGAGGGACAGUGGUAUGAACGGGGGCGCAGUUCGACUGCAGUGUCUCUUCGUAUUAGCGUGGAUGCAUGCUCUUAUCCAGGAACGUAGAACCUUUGUACCGCAGGCGUGGUCCAAAUUUUACGAAUUCAGCAACGCGGAUCUGCGGGCUGCCAAAGUCUUGAUUGAGCAGAUGACCAAAUCCGACUUAAAAGUACCGGACUGGCAAUUCGUUCACGGAUUGAUGCAAAACGUAAUAUACGGUGGGCGUAUUGAUAAUCCGUUCGAUGAGAAUGUUCUGAAUGGUUACUUAUUGAGUUAUUUCAAUUCAUCGAUGAUCUCAACAACGUCACACGAAAUUGCAAAGAAUAUAAAAAUACCUGCGUCGAAUAGACUCGAUGAUUAUAUAGCAACGAUUGAAAAGAGCAUUCCAACUGAAGAUACGCCAGCACUAUUCGGCUUGCCGGAUAACAUUCGUACUUCAUGGGAAGUUAUCGAGUCAGAGGCAACCAUUCGUCAGAUUAGAAAUUUGCAAAUCGGCGGUGGUAUUGACAGUUUACUCGAUAGAGCAACAUUACAAAACUUGUUGAAUCCGAUUUUAAACAUUUGGAAACGACUGAAUGCGCAUUCGUCGCUUCAUUCGAUGCAACUCCCACAAGCAAUCAGCUCUGAUGAUCCAUUUGUGGAGAGCUUAUCUUUGGAAUUCGUUUUUGCGGUCAUUUUGGUGCAGGAUGUACAUCGCUCGCUAACUGUGUUGAACAAGUGUCUUCGUGGUAUACUGCAGCCUUCAUCAGCUACAAUCAAACUGCAACACUCCCUGAUGCUUCAUCAGACACCUGACAGUUGGCAAAGCAUUUGGGCCGGACCAACUGAACCGGUGCAGUAUUUAGCGAGUUUGAUGUAUCGAGCAAAUUCAACACAAGAGUUGUUGAGUGCAGCCGAGAGUGGACAAUUACGCUCGAAUUCCGUCAAGCUAUCUAAGCUUUUCCGACCAGGCACUUUGCUGAAUGCCUUGAAGCAGUUAACAGCUAGGAAAACGAAGAAGAGUAUGGAUGAGUUGAAGCUAGCAACUGCGUGGGAUAGAGCGCUUUUAAGCGAUCAAUUGACUAUGGAUUUGAGCGGUUUAUACAUACAAGGAGCUCUCUUUGAAUCCUCUCUCUCCGAUACAAAUUCCUCGUCACCAUCGUUAUCGCCAACACCAAAACUGAGCGUUGCAUGGAUCGCUACGGAUCAGCCAGAUGUUUACGACGGCAGCAAAUCUGUAUUCGUACCGCUGUACACAAGUCCAGAUCGACAGCAACUCGUCACGCAAGUUCAAAUUCCCACUAAUCAACAUCCACAAAAAUGGCAGAUCGCAUCCGUGGCUCUCUUCCUUUCCACUCAUUAA